CGAACAAUGUAACUUUGAAAUGGGGGUGCUAUAGAUAUGGCCAAUACUGUAUGUACAUAUGUUUGUACACAACUACUUACAUAAUCGAUUUGGAGGCAGAAAAUACGUACUACAUACAUACGUUCUUUUCUUAUGCUCUCCAAUUUAUUUUAGACUACUUUCCUAAUAGACGACGUAAAAAGCGUUGCAAUUGUAGACUUUCCAAUAACGACUCUUAACUUCUCCCAUUCUUUACCUAUGUAUGUUUUGUAACCGCCAACGUACUAUGUCCACUAUUACAUACAAACUACAAUAAAUAAAUAAAUCUAUAACUACCGCCAUAACGGCCUCGCUUGCCAAUUUGUGGCGAUUUCUGCCAAUUUUUUAAACCAACAUUACUUGAACAAAAAAAAAAAAACACAAGACAUGCGUCACGUUGUUGGCGGUGAAUCAUCAAUCGAUGGAGACAUAUCCGAUUCGGCAGAAGCGAGCGGUGCCACUAUUCACUAUAACUAUGAAAACGACGACAAUAAUUAUGAUGUUGAUGAAGAAGAGAGACGUUUAUUUGAAAAUGUCUUUCAAACCGAUGAAGAGUAUAAAUGGCUGGACGAUUGCGAACGACGUACACACAAUCAACGCAGCAUCAUGUGCUAUAAACAUUAUCCCAACUUUUUGAUUGAUGAUGAAAAUGCCGGCUUUCCGGCAUUGCACGAAAUUGGCGAGACAAUCGAUGAAAUGCAGCUAAUUAUGCAUGCUUUGGUCAUGAAAUACAGUAUGAGCUUGUAAACUAUACGUGUACUCUAGCAACAGCUAAGCCGAAUUGUUUACUAAAGACUUUGAUGAAUCGCAGUCGUAUAACAAUGAAUGGAUCGUUAAGGUAAAGGAUUGUAAAAUAAAAAAUAAAAAAAAAGUUGUAAAAAUAAAACCCUGUAAAUGUUUAGACCUAACAGUAAUUGUCGCAGUAAUCCUUUUCAUCCAUUUUUGCUCGCCACUUGAAAAAGAAUUACUCAAUAAAUACGUAUAAAUGUAAUAUUUCUAUUCAUUUGGGCCGUGCUUUGAAGUAUUAAACUUAGAAGCUUAGCUCUCUAUGCAAUUUAAUACUUCGAAUAUACCUGGUCUUAAAUAUUUUAUCUACAUAUUUAUAAGUUAAUUAUAUGUAUAUGUAUGGCAUAAACGCCUAUCCCCCUCAUUUGACGCCUGUUGUAGAUAAAACAUUAUUUGUAUAUAAAAUCAUUAGAUGGGUAUUACUACAAAAUAUAAGUAUGUAUGUAAAUUCCAAUUUUUUUAUUUGUUAGAUGUGAUUUUGAAAAAAAAGAAAACACUUUUCGUUCUAUAGCAAACUCUAAUAUUUUCGUAUCUCCUCUUUCACAGACCAAUGCGAGUAAUCACUGGCAGGAACAGUUCGCCCAAUGGAGGUUGCAAUUUCAGAAUGACUAAGAGCCAGCAAUGAAAUAACAACAAGAAAAGCGGCGCUUCUUUUUGUACUUAGACUUAUUUUUAAAAAGCAAAACUCUUUAUACUGCUUACAAAGGAGAAUGAAAAAAGAAACAACAAUAACAACAUAUAAAAUGCUUAGAAGCAUAAUUAAAAAGUGUAUACAUAAGUACAUACAUAUAAAUAUUAUGUGCAGAAAUUAUUUAUUUACUUUAACUAUUUACUGUUUAACUAUAUUAUAUGAGCGAACUUCUAUUGAAUUUUGUGUUUUAGUAUACUAAGGAGUGUUAUAAAACCAUGCUUUGUUUGAUAUUUGGACGCUAGCUUUUAUAAUUGUAAGUUGUAUGAGCGAAAAACACUAAAUGAUUGUAUUUAAUUAAGAUAUGCAAAAUAAAGACUCAUAAAUAAAUUAAUAAUAAUAAACAAACAAAUACAUUAAUGACUUAAUACGAUAUACAAUACCAUAAACUUAUAGUAAAAAAAUGAAGACAAAUUAAAUUCUAAAUUUAAAUCACUUGAUUUUAAUUAAACGUAGUUUACAAGAUGUUUUCGAAGGUCAUAUUUUACUGCGUUUUUAAAAAAAAAGGAUGAAUAGAACUGCAAUGGGGUUUUAGAUGUUUUUGUAUACAUUUUUUUAUUGGUGGAUAUUAUACAUAUGUAUAUAGCGCUUAUGAUAAUUAUACCGCACCAAGAUAUUGAUGGGGUUUCACUCUUCUUAAAUUUAAUUUAAUUUGAAUAAUUUUUUAAUAAAAAUAUAUAUACAUACAUACAUAGUUAAUACAGCCU